CCUGGCUUUCCCCCAGCGCGUCUGUUUAGCUGUGAUCCACUCUGCGUAUCCAAUCCCUGGAUCUUUCAAAGACUGCUCGAACCGUACCAUUAAAAAAUGACUGAUCGGGUUCGCGUCCGCAUUUUUCAAUUCACUUCUGCUCCACGGCUGGUCCUGGAGUUGCCGUGGCUGAAGUAUAUAGUCCUCGAGGGGCCCUGAGGUCAUCGCUUCCUCGUCCUCCUACCGAACAGACCAGCUCUUAACAUGUCCAUUCGACCUUCCCUGUACUAGGUGCUUUCCGUGCGGGCAUUUGGGUACUGUAAUUGAUCAAUCGAAGAACAUCCUGGGUUGACGACGAGACUUGGACGAUCUUUCAACUUCGGUUGUUUCCCACCUUCGUUCCUCCAUCCCACCUCCAGAAGCACCCAUUUCUCACCUUGCAGUGGCACUUGCAUUUUGGUUGUUGAAGCGAAGACAGAAAAAUUGGCAUUGGCAUCGGCAUUGACAUUGGGCAGCGUUGCAGUCGAGUCGAGUUGAGGACUUGUCAAAUUUUCACGGCUGGCUCCAGUGGAAGAGCUGCUGCUACUACAACCGUCCGCAUUGGGGGAUUUCUGCAUCGACGUUCAGGAAAAACAAAUUGCCUGCUGCACCACUCAUCCGCAACGGGCACAUCCUUCCAACCAAAUCCCCAAUCCCAGCACCACUAGGACCUUCAGAAACGGGCGCCUUGCAGAACGCCUCCGGCACCUGCCAACAUCGCAGCACAUUCAGCCUCGCGACAAGCUGCGAUCGUCUUUCGGCACCUUCGCGAGUGGUAAACAAUUUUGGCCUCGCCUAUCACAUGAGACUGCUAUUCAACCAUACGCCGCCCAGGAACCCAGCAAAAGAGCAACUAUUUGGUAUUCGAAUUUGGAACCGUCAAUUCACUCUCGUCCCCUUUCACAUGACCGCAAAAUUUAUCUUUGCCUCAAAAACUAUAUUAUCGGGGCCAGUCGACGCUUCAUUUUCUUGAAGCCUCGCCAGACAGCGACUUGAAAGAAAAAAUCAAGACACCAUGUCGAUCCUGGAUCUCCUCACGCCCUGGCAAUGGACCUUUUGGUUCCUCUGGUAUGUUCCGAUCUCCACCUCUCUAGCCACGUCUGAGAAAAAAAAAACUCAAAGAAAUCAAAACCCCACCGUCUUUGGACAUCUGCUAAUGCAACCUUGACUCCAUAGGCUUCAUCGCUAUUUUCGCUUCAUUGUCAAUUCCAUCAGCCAUUGGUGCUACAAAUCCGUGCCUAUCCCUGCCAACCCGUCAUAUACCGCCAACGAUGUCACGGUCAUUAUUCCAACGAUCCACAAUAACUUUGAAGAGUUGCGAGGGUCCUUGCAAAGUAUCCUGGCUUGUCAGCCGUACGAGCUUCUUCUGGUCACAACUUCUGACAAGUACCAAAGACUUUUGUCAUUCGUCAAAACUUUGGAGGUGCCAAAUAUCCGAGUAUUCCAUGUUCCCAUCGCCAACAAGCGUAUUCAAGUUUGCGAAGCUAUUCCAAAAGUCAAAACAUCCAUCAUAAUCAUGGCUGACGACGAUGUCACGUGGCCCCGCACCAUUCUCCCCUGGCUCCUGGCUCCAUUUGAAGACGCAAAAAUGGGGGGAGUCGGCCCUUGUCAGCGAGUUCAGCGUCUUGAGUCGGCUUCCGUGACCGAAUACAUCUUCAAUUGGCUGGGAGCUGCUUACAUUGAGAGACGAAACUUCGAAAUCUCCGCUACACACGGCAUUGAUGGUGGUACCUCGUGCAUGUCUGGGCGUACGUGUGCAUUUCGCUCUGAAAUUCUGCAAAGUCCUCUAUUCCUCGAGGGAUUCAAGACCGAACGAUGGGGCAAAUUUCAACUUAAUGCAGAUGAUGAUAAUUUUGUUACAAGAUGGUUGGUAUCCAACCAAUGGAAGACUUGGAUCCAGUACAACAAGGAGUGCGAGAUUGAGACGACGCUUGAAAAUAACAUCAAGUUCCUUUAUCAGUGCUCGCGAUGGGCUCGUAGCAACUGGAGAAGCAACUAUACUAGUUUGGUCACCGAAAAGCACGUUUGGAAGUAAGUCUGCAGUCAUAUAUCAGGAGAGGAUACCGUGCUAACAAGAUUAAAGGCAACAAAAAUGGUCAACAUACGCCUUGCACAUUGCCACCUUUACCUCGCUUUCUUUUGCCUUCGAUCCGCUCAUCAUCUUUUUGGCAUUCAAAGCAACCGCGAAUUGGACCCCAGAACAACAGUACUAUGCCAUCCUGGCCCAGCUUGUGUGGAUGGCUAUUAGCAAGGUUGUUAAACUUGUUGGCCUCUUUGUACGACAGCCAUAUGACUUGAUCUACCUGCCCGUUUCUGUCAUAUUUGGAUAUUUCCAUGGCCUCAUCAAGCUUUAUGCUCUUUCUACACUUCGCCAGGUAAGUUGUCCGCCACUCAUCGUCAGUCAGAAAACUGAUAUUUAUAGACAUCUUGGGGUAGUCGUGCAGACGGUGAUACCAACGACAACCACCGUAUGAGUCCAAGAGCCCGCCGAAGCGAAAGCAUCACUUUGCCACCGGGUAAUCACCCUGGCUUGAUUCGAUACAAUGACGACAAGUCUUUCACCACCGAAAAACUUGCAGUUUUUGAUGCCGACGAUAGCAAGAACGAUUACAAAUCAGAGAGUGAUUUAGACGCUGCGUCUGAUGAUUCUUAUGAUCCUAAUGAUUCAAAUGAUUCUUCUUCCAAUUCAGUUUCUGGGAUGGUAGAGAUCCACGGACGCUAGUGCAGCAUUAACUCCGGAGAUCUUUCUACCUUUUUACCGAUUGUUCACAUUAUUUUCUCAGGAUUGCAGCGUAUGGGUUUUUUGAUGAGAUUCCGACCGAAACGUUUUGUGUUCAAUAAUCGUCCAUGGGGUGACGUUUUUAUUUGCUGGCAUGCAUUUUCAGGAGUCUCUAAUUUCUUCUUUCGCAUCGUCUGUUUGUCUGGGAGAUAUUCGUCGAAUGCGGGGCGGUACUAUUUGGGAAAAUGUUCCUUGUCUCUUCUUUCUGGAAUGGGGACAAAUUUGGGCUGGAAAAAAAUCUUCCCUCUUAAUCUUCUUUCGUGGAUGGAAGAAUCAUUUUCUUUUGGGAGUGGUGUAUCUUUAUAUCUCGGAUGAUCUCUCAAAAAGAAUUUGAGGGGAUGCGAUUUGAUUUUCUCUUUUCAUUUUCAUUUUUCAUUCUUUUCCUUUCACCACCAAAAAAAAACAGACGCCUCUUUUCUCUCUUCUAUACAAAAAGGCCAUUUUGGGCCACACCUAUUUUCAAGAGUAGUGCUAGUCUGCUCGAACUUCAUAGAUGAAACGAGAACGGGCCGGGAUAGAAAAUGCAAAAAAUGAUAGAGGGAAAAUUCUCUAUACAACCAAGAACCUUC